AUGGAUUCCACUGCAGAAAAUAGUACUGUUGACAUGACAACGACUUCCGCCAGUCCUGGAAAGAUAAAAAAUGUCAAGCUUGUUCUCUUGGGUGAAUCAGCUGUAGGAAAAUCAAGUAUCGUCCUCCGUUUUGUAAGCAGAAACUAUAUUGAGAAUAGAGAGCCUACGAUUGGGGCUGCCUUUUUGACCCAAAAGUGUUUGGUGAAAGACAGAACUAUAAAAUUCGAAAUAUGGGAUACUGCCGGUCAAGAACGCUUUCAUUCACUUGCUCCCAUGUAUUAUCGUAAUGCUCAAGCUGCUAUUGUAGUUUAUGAUAUCACCAAGUCAUCUACUCUUGAUAAAGCAAAAUCAUGGGUUAAAGAGCUGCAGAGACAGGCCAACACUGACAUCGUGAUUGCCCUCGUUGGUAAUAAACUUGACCUUGUUGAGAAUGAAAAUGGUGAACCCAUUAAUGACGAAGAGCAUGAAAGACAAGUAUCAAAGGAAGAUGCCCAUGCUUAUGCAGAUGAAGCUGGUCUACUGUUUUUUGAGACAAGCGCAAAGUCUGCUCAGAAUGUUGAUAGUGUCUUUAAUUCCAUAGCUGAAAAAAUUCCUCUAGAUACCACCUAUUCACCCAACAGCAGAAACGCAGUCAGUGCUAGAGGUAACCUCAACAAUGGUGUCAACUUGAUGCAGCCUGCUACUCAAGGAAACUCGAGCUCUUGUGCAUGCUAA